AUGCUAGUCGCAACCCGUAGUGGUCAAUUGGCCGUUGUGAAGUGGCUCUACCACAACGCCCGAGAGCUGGAGGGAGACGACCGCGCAUACAAUCUCCAAGCUGCUAUUCAGCUUGCAGCCAGUCAGGGUCACACUCGUAUAGAACUGUGGCUACUGAAUCGAACACGAGGUGUCGACCAAGUCGACGACUACCAAUGCAACGAUAUCAACAGAGGACGCAAGCGGGUCCGACGGAGUGAUCAUAUUGCAUAUGAUAUCACCAGGGAACGAAGCAAGCGAUGUGUGAGCAUCGAAUUAAUAAAUAAUGAAAAGUGUGUUAACUAUAAUAAAUCCUUCUUGUGGCUCGCCAAGAACACAUUCGGCUAUUACCCACCGUAUCCGUUGCGUGAACACUCCACGGUGAGGUACUUUACACAGCUCCGCGCGACCACUCGCCGUUUGUCGUACGCAGCCACCAUAAGGAUGUCUGAGUGUGAGGCUGUAGCCGCCGCAGCUGUGGAAGCUGCUGGCAAGCCUCCGGUUAUCAAGAACCUCCCAGAAGUGCGCGUGUUGGGACUGCGAGCUGUGAUCCCCAACUACCGAGCACAAAGAACGCUCUGGGAUCAAGUUCUCGCUUUCUUCAGAGCCCAUGGCCUCGAUAUCGCUGGACCAUGUUUGACAAUCUACUACGACCAAGGCUUCAAGGAGAAAGAUGUCGACGCUGAGGUGUGUCUCCCGAUCGCCCAGGACGCCAAAGUCGAUGAAACUGCGGCGUCUGCGUCGUCCAUUUCGGUUCGCACACUGCCGGUAGUGCCACGAGCUGCGUCAAUCGUUCAUCUGGGAUCGUACGACGCACUGACCCCUUGUUACAUGAAGCUGUACGAGUGGAUUGACAAGCAAGGUCUUCGUCCUAACGCACCCGUGCGAGAGAUUUACCUACGUAUGGACAUCCAGGACGUCAGUGAGAAAUCGUUCGUGACGGAGAUCCAGCAGCCUAUAGGCUGAGAAAAGAGCACUCCUCUUCUCCAAGGCUUAAGACCAAACGUAUAUUGAGUUAAGUAGCGAAAUGUCCUUCGAUUCAAAGUAUUUUUCUCUCA